AUGUCACCACAAAGCAAUUAUUCCAAAUUUUUUUGUAAAUGUAGUCAAGAAUUCCAAUCGUUUUCUGAAUUCCUCAUCCACUUAAAGGAUUCUCACCAAAUAGAACAGGUGAAUUAUUCUGAAAUUUUGGCUCAAAGAAAUGAUUCCAAGAUUGAAAUUAAAUUCUAUUGGCAUUUAUCUUGUCAAUGUGGGCAUAAGUUUUCAUCCUCCUUAUGUAAUGCUGAUUUAAAAAUACAUAGCGAUAAGAAACAAAUAGAACUAGUAAAAAAAUAUUAUUUGCAAUGUUUAAAGUGCGGUCAAAUUGCUAAAUUUGAUAGGGAAAAAUUAUUAAAUAAAUUUCUUAAACAAAGAAUUAAACAGAUAUUAAUUUAUAGUUUUUAUGAAGAAAAAUUUUCUCGGUUUAACGGUGAGCGUAGUGGAAAAGUAUUGAAGGAUCAUAAACAAGACCUUUGUGAAAAAUGUCAGCAAUUGAAAAGAUAUUGUGGUGAUGAAUAA